AUGCAAAUCGUUGGUGCCAUCUGGAUCGGAUUCAUGCUCGACAACAAGUACAUCGCGAGUCGACGAACUCGAGGGGUCGUUAGCGUGGCCGCCGUCGCAAUCAUUGUGAUUGCUGGCUGGAUUGGUAUCACCGUGUGGCUUUACAACAAUCCGAUGGAUCCUUUAAAUCCACCAUUGUUUGACUGGACAGAUGGUCCAUUUGGCGGAUUCUUCGUGCUGAAUCUAAUCUUUGGGAUUAACUCGGUCAUUUACCAAGUAACGGUGCAAUGGGUCAUCUCCAGCUUCACCAACGAUCCUGAAAAGCUUGCGCGUUUGGCAGGACUGGUCAAGGGCGUUCUCGCAGGAGGCGUCGCUGCUGCAUUUGGUACAGAAGCCGCAGGCUUGACUCAGUUGAAUGUUGUGGCAUACAACUUUUCCGUCCAGGCUGUCGGAUUGGUUUUGACGGCAGUCAUUGCGAGUACUUGUGUCACUGCGACGAAUUACAUGAAGGAGGAAAAUGUGAUCCCCCCAUCAGAUGCUCAAACGAGCGGAGAUUUGGAGAAGAGUGAUAGUCAAUCUUAA